GGCGCUCUCAGCGGGCGGAAGUGAAGGCGCCGGCGGUUGGGGCAGCUGUUACCCCGGAGCUUUUCGGGAGAGCGGCCGGGAGCUUUGUCGUUGCGGGCCGUAGGGGGCGGCAGGCAGGUCUGAGCUGAGCUGAGUGAGCCAAGCCUCUGGGGACCUGACUGGCAGAUUACUUCUGUAACUAGACCUCCUGUUUCCCCAACAAAGCACAAUGUCCCGAUCACGACAACCCCCUCUUGUGACAGGCAUAUCUCCAAAUGAAGGAAUACCAUGGACAAAGGUCACAAUUAGAGGAGAAAACCUGGGAACUGGCCCAACUGACCUCAUAGGUCUGACAAUUUGUGGACAUAAUUGCCUCCUGACAGCCGAAUGGAUGUCUGCAAGUAAAAUAGUAUGUCGAGUGGGACAAGCUAAAAAUGACAAAGGAGACAUUAUUGUCACAACCAAGUCAGGUGGCAAAGGAACCUCAACAGUGUCUUUCAAGCUACUCAAACCUGAAAAAAUAGGUCUUUUGGAUCAAUCUGCUGUGUGGGUUGAUGAAAUGAAUUAUUAUGAUAUGCGUACUGACAGGAAUAAAGGAAUUCCCCCCUUGUCUCUACGUCCUGCUAAUCCUCUUGGCAUUGAGAUUGAAAAAAGUAAAUUUCCCCAGAAGGACUUAGAAAUGCUGUUUCCUGGAAUGAGUGCUGAUUUUACAAGUGAGAAUUUUUCAGCUGCCUGGUAUCUUAUAGAGAACCACUCAACCACCAGUUUUGAACAGCUCAAAAUGGCAGUUACCAACCUGAAGAGACAGGCUAACAAGAAAAGUGAAGGCAGCCUGGCAUAUGUGAAAGGAGGUCUUAGUACUUUCUUUGAAGCCCAGGAUGCCCUCUCAGCUAUCCAUCAAAAACUAGAAGCGGAUGGAACGGAAAAAGUAGAAGGAUCCAUGACGCAAAAACUGGAGAAUGUUCUGAACAGAGCAAGUAAUACUGCGGACACAUUAUUUCAAGAAGUAUUAGGUCGAAAGGACAAGGCAGAUUCCACUAGAAAUGCACUCAAUGUACUUCAGCGAUUUAAGUUUCUCUUCAACCUUCCUUUAAAUAUUGAAAGGAAUAUUCAGAAGGGUGAUUAUGAUGUGGUUAUUAAUGACUAUGAAAAGGCCAAGUCACUCUUUGGGAAAACGGAGGUGCAAGUUUUCAAAAAAUAUUAUGCUGAAGUAGAAACACGGAUUGAAGCUUUAAGAGAAUUACUUCUGGCUAAAUUGCUUGAGACACCAUCGACUUUACAUGACCAAAAACGUUACAUAAGGUACCUGUCUGACCUUCAUGCACCAGGUGACCCUGCUUGGCAAUGUAUUGGUGCCCAACACAGGUGGAUCCUUCAGCUCAUGCACAGCUGCAAAGAGGGAUAUGUACAAGAUUUGAAAGGUACUCCAGGCCUUCACAGUCCCAUGUUGGAUCUGGAUAAUGAUACCCGUCCCUUGGUGUUGGGUCCUCUUAGUCAGACGGCGUCACUGAAGAGGGGCAGCAGCUUUCAGUCUGGUCGAGAUGACACAUGGAGAUACAAAACUCCUCACCGGGUGGCAUUUGUUGAAAAGUUGACCAAGCUUGUUUUAAGUCAGCUGCCUAACUUCUGGAAACUCUGGAUUUCAUAUGUUAAUGGAAGCCUUUUCAGUGAGACUGCGGAGAAAUCAGGCCAGAUUGAAAGAUCAAAGAAUGUAAGGCAAAGACAAAAUGAUUUUAAGAAAAUGAUUCAAGAAGUAAUGCAGUGUCUUGUGAAGUUGAUCCGUGGAGCCCUGCUCCCACUCAGCAUCCCAGAGUGUGGAGUGAGGCAGUAUGGAGGCUGGGAGGUGAAAUCUGAGCUCUCAGGACAGUGGCUUGCUCAUGUCAUCCAGACCAUAAGGCUUACUUAUGAAUCGUUGAAUGCCCUUGAAAUUCCUAAUGACAUGUUACAGACUAUCCAGGAUCUCAUUUUGGAUCUCCGAGUACGUUGUGUGAUGGUCACAUUGCAACACACAGCAGAAGAAAUAAAGAGGUUAGCUGAAAAGGAAGACUGGAUUAUAGAUAAUGAAGGACUAACUUCUCUUCCAUAUCAGUUUGAGCAGUGCAUUGUACAUUCUCUGCAGUCACUUAAAGGAGUUCUAGAGUGCAAGCCUGGAGAAGCCAGUGUCUUUCAACAACCUAAAACACAGGAGGAGGUUUGUCAACUCAGCAUCAAUAUCAUGCAGAUUUUUAUAUACUGUCUGGAACAGUUGAGCACUAAGCCUGAUGCAGAUGUAGAUACUACACAUCUUUCAGUUGAUGUUUCUUCUCCCGAUUUGUUUGGAAGUAUCCAUGAAGAUUUCAGUUUGACUUCUGAACAGAGACUUUUGAUAGUCCUGAGUAACUGCUGCUACCUAGAACGUCACACCUUUCUGAAUAUAGCAGAGCAUUUUGAAAAGCACAACUUCCAAGGAAUAGAGAAAAUAACACAGGUUAGCAUGGCUUCAUUGAAAGAAUUAGACCAAAGACUCUUUGAAAAUUACAUUGAGUUGAAAGCAGAUCCUAUCGUUGGCUCCUUGGAACCUGGAAUUUAUGCAGGCUAUUUUGAUUGGAAAGACUGCCUGCCUCCAACAGGUGUCAGAAACUAUUUAAAAGAAGCAUUGGUGAAUAUAAUUGCUGUGCAUGCAGAGGUGUUCACUAUUUCCAAAGAAUUGGUACCUCGAGUUCUAUCCAAGGUGGUCGAAGCAGUUUCCGAAGAGCUGAGUCGACUAAUGCAGUGUGUUUCAUCCUUCAGCAAAAAUGGAGCAUUACAGGCACGCCUUGAAAUCUGUGCUUUGAGGGAUACCGUUGCUGUUCACCUGACGCCUGAAAGCAAGUCUAGUUUUAAACAGGCUUUGGAAGCCCUGCCUCAGCUUUCAAGUGGAGCAGAUAAAAAGUUACUGGAAGAGCUGCUGAACAAGUUCAAGAGUAGCAUGCACUUGCAGCUCACCUGUUUCCAAGCUGCUUCUUCAACUAUGAUGAAAACAUAAAUACCACCCC